ACUAAUUUAAAUUUAUGUAAUAUUCUCAAAAGAGUAGAACCUUUUUAUUCAUAAGUUGAGUAAUCAGACACAAAACUUAGAAUCCAUCAUGAGACGAAUGGAAAUUCCGCGUUCGAAAGAACCAAUGAAACUAAAAGUUUUCGGUACGAUUCCAGAACCACCAAAAGGCGGAGUUAUAGUUAAGACGGCUUUUUGUGGAAUAUGUCACUCAGAUGUCCACUUCUUCGAUGAUGAAUUUGAAGUUGGGGGAGGAACAUUUUUGAAGACAAAGGAUAUCAUUCCGAAUUGGGAAUAUCCAAUCGUGCUGGGGCAUGAAAUAUCUGGGACCGUUCAAGCUAUUGCAAAAGACGCAGAUAAUAAGGAAAACCUGAAAGUUGGUGACAGAGUAAUUGUCUAUCCGUGGCUUGGCUGCAGUGACUGUGGAUAUUGCAAUGGAGAACAAGCAAAUAUUUGUUGUGGAACACCAAGUUAUAUUGGAUGCUGUGGACCUAUUGGCGGUUAUUCUGAGUACAUAGAAGUUGCCGAACCCAAAUACGCUCUAAAAGUGCCUGACAACAUACCAUUGGACGUCGCAGCAAUGCUGCCGUGUUCAACAUUAACCGGAUAUAACGCUGUUUCGAAAGUGAAACCAACAGUAGAAAGAUUCAUGAACGCGCAAGGUAAAGCUACUUUGCUAAUUAUUGGAGCAGGAGCACUUGGAUUGUGGUGUCUACAAACGGCAAGGGCAGUUUUACCGAGAGGAACACGAAUAAUUAUCUCUGAUAUAAGUCAACCUAAAUUGGACAAUGCUCUUGCACACGGUGCUGAUGACACAGUUCUGUGGGAUCCUUCCCUCAGCAAAGAAGAUGUAAUAAACAAAACGAAAGCAAAAGGAAGUGAUGGCUCUGUUCAAGCCGUUAUAGAUUUCGUCAACUCAACUGAAACAUCAGCAAGAGCUAUGGGAGCUCUCUCCAAGGUAUGA